AUGGAGAAUGAAACAGAAAAACUGUUAGGCGAACCACCAAAAUAUGAUUUGUGUUUAGCAUUGGGGCUUAUAGGCAUACUACUAGCUAGUAUUCCAUUGACUAGUGUUCUUACAUUAUAUAUUUCACAACAAUCUACGACUACAACAGCUUCAACAACUAUAACAGUAGCAACUAAUAAAGCAUAUUAUUGCGGAGGUCUCUCAUCCUAUACACUCUGGCAACUAUUUUCUACAACCGGAAUAUACAUGAAUAUUGAUACGACGAUUUGUGGUUUUAGUUCAACUCCACUCUAUUUCACUAGUAUGGCUGGCAAUACUAUACACUGGGAAUUAGCGAGUUACACUGCUAUUUAUAGUCCUACAAAUAUUUCAUUUACAAUUUAUGUUCGUUCAUUGAGUGGCUUGAAUAAUACAGACAUGCUUAGUUAUUCUCAAGCAUAUCUAUGGAAUGUAAACUGGUUUGGUGUUUCUUAUUGA